AUGCCACUACGCUGGCAACAACCCGCCGUCGCCCUGGGCGCGCGUGAACGUGGCCGUGAGGGUGCGCCCCCUAAACGAGCGCGAGUCAGAGACGUCCAGCAUCGUCUGCGCUGCGUGGGUGACGACAGGUGCCUCGGGUUAAACCCCAAAGCCGUAGCCGAGUCCGUCAACUUUCGAGGGCAGCAGGCAUGCGCGGGUGUCGUCAAGCCACACAAGGACUAUACUUUCAUGUUUGAUAAGGUCUUUGGUGAAGAUAAGAACAGUAAGUACAAUUGUGAGCGCACCACCAAAGAGAUGCUCACGACGCUUCUUGACGGCUACUAUUGUUCCGUUUUCGCCUACGGUGCAACCGGAACUGGCAAGACGUUCACCAUGCUGGGCUCCGAGGAUUGUCCCGGGUUGGUCUCCCUGACGGCAAGUGAGCUCUACCGGUGCGUGGAUAGGCUCCGCUCCAACAGCCAGUCAUGCGACGUUGCGGUCGCCUACAUGGAAGUCUGCAACGAGGUGGUACGCGACCUGCUGUGCCCCAAAGGACCGUCAUUGGUCGUGCGGGACGACCCAGCCAAGAGCAUCGCCAUCUCCAACCUUUCUAUUCACAACGUGAAGGAGUCUGGGACACUGUUCGAGUUCCUCCAGAAAGGCAACAGGAACAGGACACAGCAUGCCACCCAUUUCAAUUCAGAGUCGUCGCGGUUUCAUACAAUAAUUCAGAUUUACAUAACGCAGACGGAGAACGUGACCAGCACGAGCAAAGAGAUUCGCGUCUCCAAGGUGAGCUUUGUCGACCUAGCUGGCUCGGAACGUGUCGCUGCCGGGAACAAAGACAUCAAGGACCAGAUACGCGAGGGCACCAAAGUUCACCUGUCGCUUCUGACCCUGGGCAACUGCUUUGAUGCCCUCUCCAAGGGUGGGGCUCAGUGGGUUCCGUACCAGGACUCUAAGGUGACGCACAUCCUGAAAGACUCUCUGGGUGGCACUUGUCGCACCCUCUUGAUGGCUUUCGUGUCGCCUUCCAAGCUCAGCUACACCGACACCCACAACACUCUCAAGUAUGCCGUGCGCGCCAUGAAGAUCGAACUGCAGGCCCAGAAAAAGGUCCACAACGUCAACGCACACACGCCUAUGUACAGCUCCCUCGUAGAGGAGUACAAGCGAAAGGUGGAAGGCCUUCAGCGCAAGCUCGACAAGGCAGAAAACGAGAAGUCCAAGCUCGAGAUCCAGGUGGUCGAGCUCAAAAAGAGCCUCGCGACGGCCAAGGACGCCCUGCUCCAAGAUCAACAUACUGACGCCGGCAGCAUCGUUCCAGCUUCGCAUAACGAUGCCCUGUCGACGACGUCCGUCCUCUCACUGACCAUCGAGGCGAACGAGCGCAGCGACGACAGCAGGACGGCCUACUUUCUCGACACUACCAGAAAGAUCUAUGCAGCACGAGCGGACAUCAUUAGGCAGAAAUGGGAAAACGAAAACAUCCUUCGCGCCAGCGUGUUGAAGGAGAACUGGAAAUAG